ACGUCAUUGACACAGGAAUGGGACAGAAAAAAAACAUCAUGGGGAGAAUGUCAAAUAUAUUUUUGUAAAAACGCAACGUUUCUACUCAAGAAAAGGAUGAUUCGUUUUGUCCGGGGUGGAAUAGCGGCAUCGAAAAGGGCACUGCCUGCGUAGCACGUAGCUAAAUGGAGUCGGAGCAGCUCUUCAACAGGAAGGGCUACUACAGGAACAGCUACAACAGCAUUGCCAGUGCCAGCAGCGACGAGGAGCUACUGGAUGGCGCCGGAGUCGUCAUGGACUUCCACACCUCUGAGGACGACAACCUUCUGGACGGAGAUGCCACCUCCCCAGGAUCUAACUACGUCAUGUCUAACGGGGGCGGGGUGAUGAGUAGCACCACCCACCUGCUGGACUUCCUGGAGGAGCCCAUCCCGGGGGUCGGCACCUAUGAUGACUUCCACACCAUCGACUGGGUCCGGGAGAAGUGCAAGGACCGGGAACGCCACCGCAAGAUCAAUGCUAAGAAGAAGGAAUCAGCUUGGGAGUUUACCAAGAGCCUGUAUGAUGCCUGGUCUGGGUGGCUGGUGGUGACACUGACAGGGCUGGCCUCAGGUGCUCUGGCUGGUCUAAUCGACAUCGCUGCUGAUUGGCUGAACGACAUCAAGGAGGGGGUGUGUCUGAAUGCCAUGUGGUUCAACCACGAGCAGUGCUGCUGGGGCUCCAACGAGACCACGUUCGCUGAGCGGGACAAGUGUCCUCAGUGGAAGAGCUGGGCGGGGCUCAUCCUGGGCCAGGAAGAGGGCCCUGGUUCCUACAUCAUGAACUACUUCAUGUACAUCUACUGGGCUUUGUCCUUCGCCUUCCUGGCUGUGUUACUGGUCAAGGUGUUCGCCCCUUACGCCUGUGGCUCCGGUAUACCUGAGAUAAAGACCAUUCUGAGUGGGUUCAUCAUCCGGGGUUACCUGGGGAAGUGGACCCUGCUGAUCAAAACUGUGACCCUGGUGCUGGCUGUAGCGUCUGGGCUGAGCCUGGGGAAGGAGGGACCCUUGGUCCACGUGGCCUGCUGCUGCGGAAACAUUUUCUCGUACCUCUUCCCCAAGUACAGCAAGAACGAGGCCAAGAAGCGAGAGGUCCUAUCUGCAGCGUCAGCGGCCGGGGUGUCCGUGGCUUUCGGUGCUCCCAUAGGAGGAGUACUCUUCAGCUUGGAGGAGGUGAGCUACUACUUCCCUCUGAAGACCCUGUGGCGCUCCUUCUUCGCUGCAUUGGUGGCAGCCUUCGUCCUCCGCUCCAUCAACCCGUUUGGCAACAGCCGUCUGGUCCUAUUCUACGUGGAGUACCACACCCCCUGGUACCUGUUUGAGCUUAUCCCCUUCAUCCUGCUGGGGGUGUUUGGAGGCCUCUGGGGGGCCUUCUUCAUCAAGGCCAACAUCGCCUGGUGCCGAAGGAGGAAGUCCACCCGCUUCGGGAAGUACCCCAUCCUGGAGGUGAUCUUCGUGGCGGCCAUUACCGCGGUCGUGGCGUUCCCCAACCCGUACACGCGGCAGAACACCAGCGAGCUGAUUAAAGAGUUGUUUACCGACUGCGGACCCUUGGAAUCGUCCCAGCUGUGCCAGUACAGGAGUCAGAUGAACGGGAGCAAGGCAUUUGUGGACGCGUCUCCCAACAAGCCGGCUGGACCCGGGGUGUACGCAGCCAUUUGGCAGCUGUGCCUGGCGCUCAUCUUCAAGAUCAUCAUGACCAUCUUCACCUUCGGACUUAAGGUUCCUGCUGGCCUGUUCAUCCCCAGUAUGGCCAUCGGGGCGAUUGCCGGGCGUAUCGUUGGCAUCGCCGUGGAGCAGCUGGCGUACUACCACCACGACUGGUUAGUGUUCAGGGAGUGGUGCGAGGUAGGCACAGACUGCAUCACCCCGGGACUCUAUGCCAUGGUGGGGGCCGCCGCAUGUCUGGGUGGUGUAACGCGGAUGACCGUGUCUCUCGUGGUCAUCGUGUUUGAGCUGACGGGCGGCCUGGAGUACAUCGUGCCCCUCAUGGCCGCCGUCAUGACCAGCAAGUGGGUGGGCGACGCCUUCGGGCGCGAGGGCAUCUACGAGUCACACAUCCGCCUGAACGGGUACCCCUUCCUCGACGCCAAGGAGGAGUUCACACACACCACACUGGCGCGGGAGGUGAUGCGGCCGCGGCGUAGUGAUCCGCCGUUAGCGGUGCUGACGCAGGACGACCUGACAGUGGAGGAACUACAGGGGAUCAUCAACGAGACCAGCUACAACGGCUUCCCUGUCAUUGUCUCCAAGGAAUCCCAGAGACUGGUUGGCUUCGCUCUGCGCAGGGACAUCACCAUCGCUAUAGAGAACGCACGGCGGAAGCAGGAGGGUAUCCUGCUGACCUCGCGGGUCUACUUCACGCAGCACGCCCCUACGCUGCCCGCCGACAGCCCGCGGCCCCUCAAGCUGCGCUCCAUCCUGGACAUGAGCCCCUUCACCGUGACCGACCACACGCCCAUGGAGAUCGUGGUGGACAUCUUCCGCAAGCUGGGCCUCCGCCAGUGUCUGGUGACACACAAUGGGAUUGUAUUGGGCAUCAUCACUAAGAAGAAUAUAUUAGCGCAUCUGGAGGAGCUCAAGGAACACACGGAGCCCCUGAUCGACGACAUCUGACCCGACAGCUCGUAGCUCCGCCGGCGUCCCCUUAACCGAUUGGCGUCUCCUUGGUAUUAUCACAAAAAAAGAUAUCCUUCGUCAUAUGGCCCAGAUGGCCAACCAAGACCCCGACAACAUAAUGUUCAACUAGUCACCGCCUUCCCGGGUCGUCAAGCUGACGAGGAGGAAAGCGAGGAGGAGGUGGUAAACCUACUGGACGGCCGCGGCUCCACCCUAUGACGCACAGCCCAACCCCCCCCACCCCUGGGACACACCACCCCAAAUCCACCUCAAUACUAAACCAGAGCCCUCUAGAGGCCACAGGAAGGAAGAGACAAACAGACUCUAAAAGGACUUUAAAAAUGGCUGCUGUGAGGGACGUUUUGGCCCCUAGGUAGCAGCUACUACAGGCUGGGGCAUAUAUACACAAGGAAUGCAAUAUAAACACACACCUCCAUUUACAUACAGAAACAUACAUACAUACAUGAGAUCAGACUCACUCAUACACAGAUGCCACACAAGCAUGCCACUAGCCGAAUUGCACCUCCUUCAAACACACUCUUCAUGCUCCUUCGUCCUUGUCCUGUUUCUAUUGGUUCACGCUGGCGGACAUUGCUGUGAGCCUGAAGCCUGGCUACCGAGGUAAGAGGUCAGAAUGAUCCGCUAGGACGCGAGGAGCGACCUUCAGACACCUCGACUGCUGAUUGGCUGUCAGCCCUGCCAGGCUCCACCCCCACUGUGCCCCUCCCUCCCCACACCCCGUCCGUCCUCGAAAGCAUUGUUUACCUGUGAACUCUCUUUGAGCGAGAGAAUGCAUGUGUGCGUUUCACCUCCACGUUCCAAUCAGGUUGUCAUAGUAACCCAAAACUACAAACUCCCCCCCUCCCCCCUAAAGGCAUCCUCCUGAUAUUAGACUGGGCGUUGCUCCAAGGUGUAAGUGUGGGUGAGAGAGAGAGAGAGUGUGUGUGUGUGUGUGUGAGAGAGGAAGGAAGAUCAAGGGUACAAGCAGGAUGUACUGGAGUAGUUAGUUAAUGUCUGAGUGUUGUAGUUCAAGAACAAAAUGUCUCUUUCUGAUGUAUGUGAAAACAUUCUGUACAGAAGAGUCCGAUACUCAUCGGUUACAUACCCCCUGUUGAAGUAAAGGGUGAAAAACUCUGUGUGUGUGUGUGUGCGCGUGUGCAAUUACCUUCUGAUCUGAGCCAGGUAGGCAGUAUGCCAUAGAGGUGUGUGUGCACGCGCAUAAGUAUCAGAUGAGAAAAGACUUGAAUGAGAAGAUGAGAAAAGUCCGUUUCUCCGACAGUGAUGGUGGGCAGUGUGUAUAUCAAAAUAAAUAGGAACACUAACUCAAGGUGAAGUUCUGUUACUGGAGGAGAAAAAAAAAAAUCAUUUUUUCUUUUCAAACUAUUACUAAUGCAACUACUUUUAGAGUAUUGAUAUAUUACAUAAUCAAGUAACUUUUUACGGCUUGUAAUGAAACAAAGUCAAGACUGGAAAACCACUUUUUUUUUCAAGUGAACAAAAGAAAUGGAUGAUUAUGAGGAUGUUGAUGGUAAUACUGCACAGUAACCAUGUCUUAGAUAUUUUACGUUGCUUUAAUUAAGCUGCCUCAUGGUGUGAGAAAUGUGUCUUGUAUUUUCCACUGGAGCUGAAUCUUUUCUUCCUCCUCUGCCUCGUCGUCAAGUACAACAUGAAAUCUUCUUCGUAUUUGUAGAUUUAAAGGACUGAAAUAGGAGGUGCAUUUCACAUGUUUUUUUGGGAGGUGUGCCAGUAACUCCUUUUAAACUUCAAUAAAGUCUCUUGUAUAUUUUGGACUUGGGGAUAUGUAGAAGCACACAGUACACAAAAGGAAAUAGUUUUGAACCCUCCAUGUGUCAACCUAGACUCAUGAAAAAAAUAAGAGGAUCGUAUAUCUGGUUCACCCUUUAAUGUGUGGUUCACCACAGGAAGCAGUGACCUUGAUGCGUGCGCCAGUCAAAGGAGUUCUCUCUCUCUCUGGCUUUGUUUCAAUGACAAGGUGCAUAGAGUAGCACCUUAGCUGCUGAGUGAAGGUUAUGGGAUGUGUCCCAAAUGGCACCCUUCCUCUAUAUAGUGCACUUUUUAGGGAAAAGGGUGCCAUUUGAGGCACACAUUAAAGCGUGUGGAGGCAGGUGGUGACUUCAUGUUUCUCCCUAUUACAUUGAUAUUCAUUGGGCACCAAACAUAAUAAAACAAACAGGGAGGGACUUGUCCAAUAAGAAACGGAUAUUUUCCGUUGCCAAAUGUUUUUCAAACGUUUUCCAUUGCAUGCCCUAAUGAAGGGUUUCCUGGGUCCACAUUGAGUUGUUUUGCCCUAGCACUACACAGCUGUCUCAAAUAACCAACUCAUCAAGCUUUGAUUAUUUUGAAUCACCUGUGUAGAGCGAGGGCAAAAACUAAAUGUGCACCCAGGGUGGGCCUCCGGACCAAGUUUGGGAAACACUGCCCUGAUGGAUUCAACCCUGCUGUUGGUUGACGAGCGCAUCAUCCUUGUUUAACCCAUGUGGUGUCACCAAACACUGUUCUUUUCAUAACUUCAUACUGACUUUUAUUUAUGGUAGAUAGUUGUACAUUAAUUGUAUGAUUACAUUGAUGGUUUGAUUGUACAUUUAAAACAAUGUGUAAAAGUUAAUUGUUUUAAAUUAAAAUGAGAAAAUUGCAAAAA